AUGGGCUAUAUGAGAUUUGCAUACACAUGCAAGGGACACCAAGUGGCACAGUGUCUUGUUGCGUCUCCUGUAGAUGACAGCGACGUCAAGAAGAUUGAGGAGGCUGCGCUGGAGUUUGAGAAGAAAACGUGUCUCCGGUUCAUCCUACGCUCUGGCGAGACCGACUACAUCUAUAUCCAUGCGUGGGAUGGGAAUUGGUCGUUCCUGGGCCGUCAGGGCGGGGACCAGGCGCUGUCCCUGGAGCCUGGGAAGGUGACCAAGGGCGUCGUUCUGCACGAGUUGAUGCACGCGCUCGGCUUCCACCAUGAGCACUGCCGCAGCGACCGCGACGACCACGUCUGGGUGCUGAGCCACAACAUCGAUCCAGAGUGGAAGGAUGCGAUUGAGAGGAAAACGUCACAAGUUCAUACGACCCCCUACGACUACAGCUCCAUCACCCACUACAGCACAAUGGCCGGCUCCAGAGAUGGGCAGAGCCCGACCAUGCUCCCCAAAGACAAGAGCAGCACGCGCCGCUUUGGAGGCGGCCACAGCCUGAGCGACGGGGACGUGGAGAAGAUCAAGGAGAUGUUCGAGCGAGCACCCGCAACAGCGACACCCAGCAGAGCCGCGUCACAGCCUGGCUCCUCUACAGGAGCUGGAGCAGGAGCCGGUACCACGCACAGAGAUGCUGGUGCCUGCACGAAGGAAGACGCGAUGAGAUUGUUUAACAAGCUGCCCCAGGAGGUGAAGGGUAGCAGCAUGAGAGGAGCGCCCUCGCCUUGUGGAGUCAAGGACGGCGUCUCCACAGGCAGAGUAGGACGCUGGCCCCAAGGCCCGGGUGGCCAGGUGUGCAUCCCGUACAAGCUUUCAGCUGCCUUCUACGACUAUGACGUGGAGGCGGUCGUACAGGCGACACAAGAGUUUGAGAAGAAAACCUGCGUCCGGUUCCAACCCCACGCUGGUGAAACGGACUUCAUUCACAUCCAGGACUUGGGCGGCAAGAGCUGGUCACUGCCAGGGAAGCAGGGAGGGGAGCAGCCACUGUCCCUGGAGCCCGGCAAGGUGACCAAGGGCAUCGUGCUGCACGAGUUGAUGCACGCACUCGGCUUCCAGCACGAGCACUGCCGUAGCGACCGCGACGACCACGUCUGGGUGGUGCCAGAGAACGUCAAGAAAGAAUGGAAAGAGCAGAUUGUGGACAUCAAUUCAAACGAACAGGAUUUGGUAGCGCCCUACGACUGCAGCUCCAUCAUGCACUACAGCAUGUUGGCAGGUUCCGUGGAUGAGCGCAACCCAACGAUCAUCCCCAGGGACGUUCUGUGCAUGUUGCACAUGGGACAGAGCAACUCGCUGAGUCCCUGCGACGUGGUCAAGGUGCAGAAGCUGUACGGCUACGAGGCGGAGGUGCACGCCGCUCCCGCAGCGGUGGCCAGGAGGAGCAGAACCUCGGCUGAUGAGGACGCGCCGCUGGACAGCAACGUCGGCGUUUGGAAGGCAAAGACGAAAGAGGAAGUUGACGAGGAAGCCAAGAAGAAAGGGCUCGAGUGGAAGGAGAAAACGGAUCCCCUUAGGAACCUCAUUAAAGAGCUGAUGGAGAUCCGCUGGUAUGACAGCUCCUCACUGCCAUGCCUGCAGAGUCUGCUGAACAUGCUGUCUGCAGAAUGUGUUGAGGACAGAGAAAUAUUGCUUAAUGUUUUCAAGCAAGAGGGCGGUCCAACGCUCUUACAGAAGAUGAUUGAGUCUUGCAGGCUUGACAAGUCACGAGUGCAGAUAAUAACGUUGAGGAAUAAGAUUACUCUGCUUCUGUCAGAACAUGAACUCUUUGGAGUUGGAAAACAGUUCGAGAAGACUGGAGACAUUGCAGGAGAUCCCUCAGACGAAAUCAAGCUGUGGCCCGAGCAGAGUGGCAAGGUGUACAUCCCCUACAGCAUCUCCAUCGCCUUCAAUGCCAGUGACAAAGAAGCCAUUCAGCAGGCCUGUGAUGAGCUGACGGAGAAAACGUGCGUCAGACUUAUACCCAAAGACCCCCAGGAGGACUACUUUUACUUCAGAGCGCUGGGCAGGGACUCCUCCUCACUGCUGGGUGCCAGGGCAGGAAAAGCAUCUCGGUCCAUCGCCCUGGAGCUCAGCGAGGUUGAGAAGGGCGCGGUGCUUCAUGAGCUCAUGCACGUGUUCGGGUUCCAUCGUGACCAGCAGAAUGGAAGCCAUGACUGGGUCAAGCACCGAGAUGGUAAAGUCUACAUUCUCUACGAUGUCUGCUCUGGUUUUGACACCAAUGACAAGGAGAACAUCCAGCAUGCAGUCAAUGAGUUUGCAGAGAAAACCUGUGUUCGGCUCAUCCGGAAAGACAACCAGGAGGACUACAUCAACUUCCAGGCGCUGGACGGGAGCUGGUCCUUCCUGGGCAAGAAAGGAGGGGCCCAGUCUUUGUCCCUGGAGCCCAGGAAGGUGACCAAGGGCAUCGUUCUGCACGAGCUCAUGCACACGCUCGGCUUCCACCACGAGCACUGUCGCAGUGACCGUGACCAGCACAUAAAGGUCCACGAGGACAACGUCAAGGAAGAUGAGCUUGGGCAGUUCAAACGGCUGGAAUGCAGUGGCUGUAGAGAAUAUCUGCCCUACGACUACCUCUCGAUCAUGCACUACGGCAGGUAUGCCUCGUCCUCGGACUACAUGAGUGAGACGAUCACCCCACGACAACAGCUAGAGCUCCCAUCGGCCAGAGGAGCGGCCUCAGCCCCCUGGACGUGCUCAGGGUGCAGCGCAAGUACCAACCGUUACUAG